CUGUUGUGUCUAACCAGUAUCGAUUUUGUUUACCGUAUCUUUGAAUCGCUUUGGUUCACAUUUAACCUAAAUGAAUAAUUUCAACUUAAUGUAAGCAUUGUCACAUUACUACGUAAAAUAUGAUUUAUGCUAAAUGUCGUAAUAUAAAAUUAAUCUAAUGAUUAAAAUCAAUAUUUCUGCAUGUUUGAGCUUUGCAUAACAAAUGCCCUUUUUGCAUGAAUUACUAUAAUGUACCACGAAAAUAAUCAACAUAUGUAAAAUUUAGGUAGGUAAUAAUUUGAUGUGCGUACCAACAAACACCAUGAAAGUUUAGCUCAUAAUCUUGAAGUUGAUAAACACUUCCGGUUUUACUUGGUUCAGUAUUGCAAAGUACCUAUUCUUUAUUGUAACAGUUUAUUUAGGUUCGAAAACAUGAACGUAUACGGGUCAGAUAUUUACAAAAGAAAUUAUAUAGAAGAUAAAAAACAAACUAAAGAGGCAGAGAAGAUGGAGGAGGCGAUUUCGGAAAAAACUGAUACAAAAGAAAGUCGUAAGAGCGCUGACAUGGAAGUGUUACUGUUUGAUAUGACACCAAAGGAGAAAACUCAAAGAGAAAAUACUUUGGGCAUGACUGUUACAUCAGGGAGCGUUGCUAUUAAAAAGGAUGUUAAUAAUUUAAUCGGCAUUAGCAUUGGAGGUGGAGCACCUUUAUGUCCAUGUUUAUACAUUGUUCAAAUUUUUGAUAACACGGCAGCCAGUCGUGAUGGAACACUGCAAUCUGGAGACGAGUUAGUUUCUGUCAAUGGUCAGUCAGUUAAAGGAAAAACGAAAGUUGAAGUGGCCAAAAUGAUUCAAGCAGCAAAAGAUGAAGUGGUUAUAAAUUACAAUAAACUACACGCGGAUCCUCGUCAGGGCAAGAGUUUGGAUAUUGUUCUGAAGAAAAUGAAACAUCGCCUAGUGGAGAAUAUGAGUUCGUCAACAGCUGAUGCUUUAGGUCUUUCGAGAGCAAUUCUAUGUAACGAUACUUUGGUUAAAAAGUUGCAAGAAUUGCAGCAUACAGAACUGAUGUAUAGAGGAUUAGUUGAUCACUGCAAACGAGUAUUGCAAGCACACGUAGAACUGCAACAAGCAAUUAAAGCAAUGGGUGAUGUUUUCGCUUCUUUGGCUGUGAGAGAGCCACAACCUAGAGCAAGUGAAGCUUUUAGACUUUUUGGUGAACAACACAGAAGUAUAGAAAAAUUUGGACAAGAUAUGGUGAAAAAAGUCAAACCGGUGCUAGCAGAUAUGGGGACAUAUUUAUACAAAGCUAUUCCUGAUACGCGAUUGACUGUAAAGAAAUAUGCUGAUGCAAAGUUUGAAUACUUGGCUUAUUGUCUAAAGGUUAAAGAAAUGGAUGACGAAGAAUGCAGUUAUGCAGCAUUACAAGAACCUUUGUAUAGAGUUGAGACCGGAAAUUACGAAUACAGAUUAAUCUUACGAUGUCGUCAGUUAGCCAGAGCCAGAUUUGCGAAGCUCCGAUCCGAUGUUCUUGUUAAAAUGGAGCUUCUAGAUAAUAAACAUGUUCAGUCCCUCGGAGGUCAUUUAACUAAACUUAUCAAAGGUUUAUCAGAAGUUCAUACAAAUGCGUUAGAACUGCUUUCCGGUCCCUCUCUUUUUCCGGUGGAAGUAGACCUCUCCAAUAGUGCCUUUCAGUAUAAAUCUACAACACCCGUUGUUCAGCAAGACUUAGACGAUGAAGAUCAAGAGAUAGAAAAUGGUGAAGAAGUUCAUGAAAUUGAAGGAAACCUACUGAGUGACAUUGUUGAUUCAAGACUUGAUAAUAUUUCCGAAAAUGGACCUCUAAUCGCCGGUCUUGAAGGAGAACAAACUGAGCCAAAUUACGACGAAAUGGACAAUUUAACAUUACUAGCUUCCUUAAAUAUAAAUGGAACAUCAAAAAACAGUGAAAAUGGUCCUCUUCUUCCUGACUUAAAUGAGUGAAAAGUACAUAAGUGUUUAUACUACAUAAUGUACCAAUGUAAUUUCAUAAAAACUAAUAAAUUAUUAUCAGAUAGGA